UUUGAAAGUAGGCCUCAGUCGUUCAGUCAGUUGUUGACUACGUCUCCAGACGAUUGAACAGAGUGAUGAUCAUUCUACUACUGCUAAUGACCAUUUGCGGUCUUGGUCACUGCUUAGACCAGCUUCCAACCCAACAAGAAAUCCAGUCAUCAAUAAACCGAACCAUCAGUGAAGUCGAAAGAUUGAUGAAAGUAAAUACAAGUCUCCCCCAGCUGUCUCGUAGUCAAAUAGUUGAUAUUCUCUACAACAUCACAUCCAAAGAAGUGGAAUCCCUAGAAGAAUCUGUAGAAAAAGCACGAUCUGACUACCAAAGGGCUCUCAUGGUAGUACUUCCUUAUAAUUCAAGAGAUGCUAAAAAUGAAGAUAUCAAGGAUUUGUUCACAAAACCUCCAAUGAUUCAAAUGAUUCCAGAUACCGAGACCAUGUUACCUUUUGCUUCAAUUCAAGCUGAACAAUCUCCCACAGAAGGAUUGAUAGAUAAUUUAAUCAAUGUUAAAUACUCUUCAGAAAUUAAUGAUGAAUUAUCAAGCUUAGAAGAUGAUUCAGACAAUUAUAAAAUCCAUUUAUCUGAUGGAGAAUAUGAUACAAAGCCAGAAAAAUUUAGUUUCGUGCUGGGGAAAUUAGAAGAUCUAAAAUCAGCUACUGAUUUACCUUUUCAAGACCAUCCCAUUAACAUUCUAAAUAAUCAAAAUAACAGCACAAUUGAAGUAAAACCAACUUUGGAUGUAUUUUAUAGCAAAGUCAUGACUGAAAAACCCACAGAAAAAAUAAUGGAAAUUACAUUAAAUCCAAUUGAGGACACUAAGCCAACGGUUCCUUCUACAAAGUCAACAAAUAUUUUGACUUUCGACCAAUGGAAAUAUUUCGCACCUCCAGCUACUCUGAGCACUCCUACAACUAAAAAGCCUGUGAUAAAAACGACCACAAAGCAAUCAACAUCUACAAUAAAAUCGGCAAAGCCUUUAGGAAUUGUUAAUAAGCCUCAGCCAUUCAUUCCAACAGUUUUUUCGACGAAUUCUGAUGAUACAAUAUUAUUGACGCCUUCACCAUCCAUAAAACCAACGAAAGAAACACCUCCUGAAAAACCUGAAUUCUCAAGUUUUGAUAUGGCAGAUUAUGGAAUGAUGAAUGAUGAGCCUACAGGACCGAUUUUUGUAACUCCAAUGCCUUCAGAAAUUUAUCCAGAAGAUUCUGCUGCUUUACCUUCUCUAACUACUUUGAUUUCAGUUAAACCAGAGUAUAAACAAGAAAUUAAUAAAAGUAAAGAAUCUGUAAACCCAAAGCACAAAGAAACUCUUCUAGAAUCGCUAGGAAUAGAUUCAAAGAAAAAUAAAUUAUUUAUUGAUUCAGAAAAAAUAAAUCUAACUAAUCAUAAUGAUUUAAUUUCAUUAAAUUCACAAGUUCCAGAAAAUAAUAAUUCACCUAAUUCGUUUUCAAAAUUAGCUGCUACUGGGUUUGAUAAUUCUCAAAUAAAUCUUAAAGAAGGUUUAAGUAAUUUAACGCCUGAUAUUCGAUUGCUCUUUCAACGAUUUGGACUUCAAACUCCAGAUAAAAAUAAAUCAAUAGAAAGUCAUGAAUCAACCACGACUAAAAACCCGGUUCAAUCAAUUGUUAAAAAUUCUUGGAGUGGUUUCAAGCCACUUCCUCGUUCACAAAUUCGUGAUGAAGGUAUGAGAAGCUUUUUAGCACAAUUCGGUCUCGGUAUUGAUAAUAGAAGAGAGAAAUCUAUUAGACAUGAUGAUUCAUUUAAAAGGCAAUCAAUCAUCGAUUUUGUACCUGUAGGAAUGAAAAGUAUUCUUGAGAAUAUUGGACUCAUUGGCAAGCCUCGAGAAACUACAAAAAAAUUAAACUCCAGAAUAGACAUUAACAAUGUAAAUAACAAUAUACCCAGUUCUCAAAGUAUUAUAAAUAAUAAUAUCAAUAGCAGUGAUACUAAUAAGAGUAAGAAUAAUUAUAAACGUAGGAGUGACAAUAUCAGUAAUCAUAGCAUAACACUGCCUCCUAUAUCGAAUCAAGUAUCAACCAAUCACAUUUUUAAACCUCAUGAAACCCAGAUUAGUGAUCAAAAACAAAGAGAAAAAAUAAAUGAGCUUCUGGAUACAGUUAAAUUAGUUCAAGAGGGAAAAGCACAAGUUUCUGAUGUUCGUCGAGUUGCAAAUGAUCUCCUAGAGGCUGCGAAAACACUCAAGGGAGGUCCAGAUCUACUGAGUUUAGAAGAGAUUAUAAAGAUUUAUCAUGAUGAUCUCAAGAAUGAGGUCAAGAGACAGAACAAGGCUGAUGCUGAUGAAGAUAAGAAAAAUGGUUCCUUGGCAUCGUCAGUGACGACGGCGGAUGUAACAACAUUGGAAACGUCAAUGGAUGAUACUUUCUCUUCAACAAAUAUACCAAAUACUGUCAAUCAAACAUCAAAUUUGAAAAUAACAGAUUCGGAUGCAGUGGAAACUCACACUGAUACUGACAUCAAAUCAAUUGAUACAGACACCACCACAACGGAAUCUUCUUUGUCAACAGAAGAUACAAAUAUAAGUGAUCUAGCCGACUCAUUUGGCGGUAGUACUGCAGAGCCGGACCCUGCACUACCAGCACCUAGAAAAUCUGGUCUCUACUUUCUUCUCGAUUGGAAUUCAUUCUUGGAGGUUGGCGAAGAAGGAAAAGACCGAGUGAAUUUGAGGCUUGCUCCGAAAGUUGGUGAUAGAUCGAGGUUUAUUCCAGUUGUUAUUCCUUAAAUGAUGACAAAUUAUAGUUUAGUUUUUUAAAUAUUUUAUUUAUAAUUGAUAGUUAUUUAAA